ACAUGUUUGAAGAUGAAGAGGAUGACAAUGACUUGGAGAAUGAGGAAAUUGCACCAGAAGUGCCUGCUUCAGAUCCAUAUAUACAGGACCUGAUACCAAAUCCAGUGGCAUGUGACCAGACAUCUGCUGAACAUAAGAAACAUUUCUUUGAUGAGGAAUCUGGUUUGUGGCAGUUUGAGUCUCUGAGCAACCACCAACCACUGGAAGAAGGUGAUCCUGUACUACAAGCAGCCAUGAGACAUCGACUUUCUUUGCUUGAUGGCUUGAAUGGUGCGCAGAGAGAUUUUGAGGGCAAUCUGUGGAGAGACCGAUCGGGGCCAUUUUCCUUGUAUCCUCCUGCUAUCUAUGGACCAUGUCUUUGUGGGGCUGGUUAUUACAAUGCAUAUACAAUGCCUGUGGGUAUUCUGUCUGAUGUCAAAUACCAGACCAUUGUUUAUACAACAAAUGGUCCUUGUCGGUUCGAGGUAAAAUUUCGUGAAUGUUUGCAGAGAAACCAUGAUUGCCUCAUGCCAUAUGAUGGAUCAAGUCACUGCCUGCACUUCCUCAGUAGGAACACAGCUGCUGGGGAUGAAAUUGGUUGGGAUUUUGUGGAUAGAGUGUUAAACACUAACAUAACUUUUUCAGCCUAUUGUACACUGAUGACUAAUCAGUAUCAGCGCCUGUAUUCUUUAUCUGCUAAAUUUAUGUCUCCACAAACGUUUAUUGCUUGGUGCUUCUCAUGGGCUUCUAAUUUCAAAGUAGAUUUCAGGGUGGUCUGUGAUAUCUGCAAAUAUGAACCUAAAUACCUUGCUUGUGAUGGAACAAAAAUAGGAAUUAAUUUCCGACAUGCUUCAGUUACCCCUAUUGAGAUUCCUUCCACAGAUGUUAAGGUUGAUCCCUGUCAUAGGAGAAAUGAGAGAGCUUUUAUUCAUUAUAAGCAAGGAGAUUUAGACAUUGCUGCAAACAUUAAAUGCAGGGAACAUUUGCUUUAUUUGUCCAAAUAUCACAGGGGUUUACUAAAGGAUGAUCAGAAGCUGCCAUGGAAUGACCAAACGGAUAGAACAAACCUACUUGUUGAGACUGUGGAUAGGGAUUGCAGGGAGAUUGUAAAGCGAUUUUCUCUAGGAGAAUAUUCAAACUUGCUUCAGUUCAAAUUGGCCAUUGUCUUUGCAGUCUUAUCCAGCAAUUCCUCUCUCACCAGCCUCAUUCCUUAUCGUUAUCUCACUCUGACAGCAUUUAUUAUAACAUCUCUGAGAAAUGCUGUCGAUUCAGAUUGUGAUUUUGUUAAUGAUCUUGGACAAUUUUCUCCAGAACUUCGAGAUAUUGUACAUUUUGCUUUAGAUAAUAGAGAAUCACUUCUCGAAGUUCUGGAUUUUAUUGAAUAUUUGGUUUUAAGAGUAAAAGACAUUCAUGGAAAAAAUAAGGCACCAGAUUUUGCUGUUCCUCAACCUGGAACUUGCAAUCCAGAAAAAUAUGGCAGGGCAUAUUAUUUUAAUCCAACAGGUGAGCAACUCGGGCACCUUCCCAAAUACAGUAUGAAUGAACAUGCUACCUCAAAAAACUAUGAUGAUCAGCCUGCUAGAGAGGAAGAAAAGUGUAACAAACUUUUUCCUCAGGUCUCGAGGAAGGGCACAACAUACUUAUUUUUAUGGUUUGAUCCCAAGCAUUAUGGACAUUGCUAUGGAUAUCACAUGAUUCCAGGAUCUGAAGGCAGGAAAGAUCCUUUUACAUCUGCAUAUUUGUAUUUGGAGAAGGCACCUGAGGAACUUUUCUAUGACUUCAGUUGCCAGCUUGAGGAAUAUUGUUUGAACAGAGAACCUGGUUAUUGGCAAAACACCAGAUUUUGGCAUGAUGUGUUUCAUGGGUUUAGCCACAAGUGUCCAGUUACAUACAAGUCAAGACGCAUUUUGUCACUUAGAAAAAAACACAGAAAUAUGUGAAUAAUUCAAUUCCUUUAUCCAACGAAUCAAAUAUUCUGCUAGAGCCAUGUCAUUGGGUAAAUUUAACCACUAUUUGCAGUUCAUGAUACACCAAUGGUGCAUUAAGAAAAAAGCAAGUUUCCAAAAGAGAUGCAAUGUUGCUGCAACCUAUUUAUUAUAGUGUUUAAGAUUUCUCAUGCACUGUCAGUUUUGUUCUGUAAAUAACUUCUACAAUGUACUGAGUAAAACUGCAUUUUGUCACUAGGGAAAAAUGGACAGAAAUAUAUAUGAGCAAUUCAUUUUGUGUAUCCAUUGAAUGAAAUAUUCUGCCAUAACCUUGUUGAUAUGUAAAUUUAACUACUUUUUGUGGCUCGUGAUUCACCAAUUGUUUAUUAACAAAAAAGAAAGUUUCGAAAGCAGGUGCAGUGUUGUUUUAGCAUACUUACCACUGCAAAAUAUUUUUUAUAUACUCUUCUGUUUUGUUCUGUAAAUAACUUUUCUACAGUGUACUGAUAAAAAAGGACAUUGGUUUUGUUACCUCACUGAGCAAUCAGAUUUUGUCUUAAACAGUCUUCAUUUCUUCAACAUAUUGAAUUUAAGCUGUUGUUGAUAAGUAAAUAAAUUAAAUUUUUACAAUUUGAAUUUGUAAAAAAAAAAUUCCUUUUAAUAUUUAAAAUCCCUGUAAUUCUUUCUCCUAAAAGUGCAGUUGUGUCUGUAUUUUGCAUUACUAAUCAGUGUUACAGUGUUGUUACUGGUGACUGCAGCCUUCAGGUUCUUUAGAUCACUGUACUCUACACUACAUAUGUCAUGACUUUUGUAUUCAGACUGAUAUGUUGUUUGUAUUGGUAAUGUUCUCUAGAUUAAUGUAUGCUACAUUACAUAUGACAUGACUAUGUACCCAGGCUGAUGCCACUUUCUGUAUGGUGAUACCACUUUCUGUAUAAUUAAUGUUGUCUAGAUUACUCAGUGUUACACUACAUAUGACAUGAUUUUCUAAACAGACUGAUAUAUUGUCUGGAUUUUUAAUGUUCUCUAGAGUAAUAUAUGCUUCACUACAUGACAUCAUUUUAUAACCAGAAUGAUACAGUGGUCUGAAUUUUUUAUGUUCUCUAGAUUAAUGUAUUCUACACUAGAUAUGACAUAAUAUUUUAUAUGCAGACUGAUAAAGUCUAGAUUUGUGUGUUCUCUAGAUCAGUGUAUGCUACACUACAUAUGACUUGAUUUUGUGACCAGACUGAUAUCACUUUCUAUAUAUUUAACAUUUUCUAGAUUAUAGUACGCUAUACUACAUGAUAUGUGUUUGUAUCCAGACUGAUACUGCUGUCUGUAUAUUUAGUGUUCUCUCAUUUAAUAUAUGCUUCACUACGCAAGACAUGAGUUUGUGUCCAGAUUUAUACUGCUGUUUAGAUUUUUAAUUUUUUCUAGACUUAUGUGUGCUACACUACAUAUGACAUGAUUUUUUAUCCAGACUGAUAUAUUUUCUGUAUUUUCAAUGUUCUGUAAAUCAAUGUCUGCAUAUUACAUGAUUUUGUAAUGAGACUGACACCACAGUGUCUCGACUGUCAGUGUUAUCUAGAUAAUGUUAUCAAGAUUACUCUAUGCUUCACUAAUAAUGCCACAAUAAUACCCGUUAUAACUGCUAUUACUAUUAAUAACAUACUAUUAGUACUGCUAUAUUUAUUCUGUCUACUAAUGGUAACACAAAUAUUUUACUAUUAUGUUAACACUAGUAAUACAAACAUCAAUGAUACUAACACUACUAAUAUUUUACUAACACUACUAAUACUAACACUAGUAAUAUUUUACUAACA